UCGCAGGCGGUCGCUCCGAUGACAACGGGACCUGGUACGCUGGUCGUUCCUUCGGACUUGACUCCUGUUGGUCGGAAGAGGGCGGCGAGUGCCGGAGAGGAUCGUUCGACUCCUGGUGCGAAACGAUCUCGGGUCGCUGAUCAUCGUUGGUCAUAUCGGUACGUUGAGCGGUAUGUGCCCUUUACGUCUAACGCCUUAGCCUGUGCGGAGCUCUUCCGCGAGGUCGGUCAUGGUCCGGGGACUUUUCCCUUGAUCGAAGAUCUCAAGGAGAGGGAGGCCUAUACCGAGGCGGCUCGUCGCUCCUGUGAGGUGCGCAUAAUGGUCCUUUUCUUUCAUGUUUUACCUAUUUAUCUGGGGUUUUACAAGAGCUCGUAUUCGUUUAUUUAGGCGACUUCGGCGAUGAACCGUUUGGUUCACUUGUAUGAACGCCGACUUCGAAGACUGCCUGCUGAUCAUCCCUACUCUGGUGAUUACGAGGCGGCCCUUGCCGCGGAGAGGGAGAAGUCCGAGCGCGUAGCUCAGGAGCUGGUGACAGCUAAGGACCAGAUCGGAAGUCUCCAGCGCGAGGUUGCCAAAGUUACUCAUCACCGCACGUGCCUUACUGAAGAUCGCGAUCGUCUUAUUGCUGAGGUGGAGAGCGUCAAGGGCCAGUAUAAUGACUUGGUCUCCUACGUCCGGGCUGAGAAGAAGAGACUCCGAGAGCGAAGGGAGGAGUAUGGUCAUUACCUUCGGAGUCGUGGCUUGGCUAAGCUAGCGCAGCUCGUUGAUACUCGCUUGACCCGAAUCAGGGCUCAUGUCGAGGAUACGAGCGCUGUGCAGCCCAAGCUUCUGGAGUACAACCAUGCGUUAGGGAACGUUUGUCUGCUGAGGGCGCUUGAGGAGAGCGGCGAGAUCGUCAUCAAGUCCCCGUCUGUAAUGUCUCAGCUAGUAACUGCUGUUGCCGAGCUUGAGACUUCUGUUAGGGCUUUCAACAUCACCGAUCUCAUGGAUGGUGACUUUGACGUGCGUACUUUAUUCGACGUCCCGCCUGUCACUCCUCCAAGUUUUCAGGCCUCGGACCCAAGUGAGCAGGAGGGAGAUGGUGAUCGGGGCAACGAUCAGACGGUGGACCAGCCUGCUGGUGUAGCGUCUACACUGCAAGCGGGGGUUAUUCAAAAUCAAGGGGUUGAGGUUGCUGCUGUUCAAGAGGGUCAACAGGAGGAGGAAGUUGACAUUGUCGGAUGA